AAAUAAAGUUAAUAAGACAUUUUAUCGUUUGAGUAGGAAGUGGCAUAAAAAUAGGAUUGCCAACAAUCCGAGUGACGUCACGCUAUUGGAGUGAUGGAGCCUUCUAAAAUUACAUAGAACAGCGCAAGAAAAUAUAUUUUCCCGACGUAUGCGCUCCGCUUUAAUAUAAUUUAAUAUACAAAAGUCUCGAUAAAAGUGUUCGACGCGUGUGCUAAUUGAAAUAAUCGUUUUUAUCGCAACAUUCAAAGUUAAAACUGUGUGAUUUUGUUACUAAGUUACCGGAGAUAUUUUUCGUAUUUUGAAAGCCCGAAGCAAGCAACUAACCAAAGUGUAUUAGAAAGGAAUCAUGCAAAGAAAACGUCCGCCGUCCAGGAUUAAAGUUAGACUAGAAUAGACUAAGGUAUACUUACGCUAAGGAUAUGUGUUAAACACAGUAAGUGAACUCGGAACCCGCCACAAUGCCCGUCGUCUCACCGUCUAGGUACAGCACCACAUCAUCGAGCCUGUCCGGCUCCUAUAGGCCAACCCUGACCUCAUCCACAGUAGAAAAACCCUACUACAGAUCCACUAGCGAAAACUAUGGCACCAUACGAAGCUACGAGAAGUCAGAAUACCAUAUCAGGUCACGGUUCUCUGAUAUCGAUGGGAAUCGCGAGAGAAAGACUAUCGUUGAGCGAACCAGCUCCAGAACCUCAAGAGCGCCAAGCAUCGCUGAUUCUGACAGCGGUAUCUCUAGUAGAUAUCGCUCGGAUCGAAGCGAAUCCCGCUCGAGAGAUAUCUCGACUACUAGGAGCGAAAGUAGCAAGACUUCAAGCGAUACGCUCGGCAGGAGACGAGCUGUGAUCCCGUCAGCUGAUUUAGCGAUGUCGCAUGCGGACUGGUAUAAUAAAUACUCGCCAGCCAACUACAUACCUUUGACGCAGAGGAUUCAACAGCAGCAGCAGCUUAACCAGAAUUUUGGGGAGAUUUCAAGGUCGAAGUCUAUAUCCAAUGAUAUUGGACGUCCCCCCGUGUCGGAUCCAACCCGGUUGGCCAGGAAAGCGAGGAACUCCGCAGCUACGAUAUCCGAGAGACCGGAACGAAGAUCGUAUAAGGAAAGCUCGCCAGUGUACAAGAGGGGGAUGCUAAACGGUGCUAAGGACACCAACGGGAACGAAGUGCCCUCCGUGUCGGAGAUCAGAAAGAGAUUCGACCCGAAAAUGACCGUAACGAAAUUACCCACAAACGACUCGCGGUACACCGAACAGUAUCUUAACCAGCUCAAGGACUGCGAAAAUGGGACUGUAGGAUACACAAAGGUCGUCCCGAAAGACGAAAAACCGGUUCCCGUACAUCUGCCUUACGAAAAGAACGGUUUACGUUGGGAAGCCGGUUCCUCCAGCUCUCGAUCCAAUUCCAACUCAGAUCUGUCACUCAGUAAGACUAUAUCCGAGCCAGUGUGUCUAGCCAAACCAAUACACGAUAGAAAUAGUUCCAUGUCCACUUCUCUCACGUCAAAACUGCCUUCCGACCGUCUAGCCAGCAUUAAAAGCCAGCUAGACCCAAACAAUCCAAUAGGAAAGAUUCUAGAGAAGUCCACAGUCAUUCAUGUAGAAAAUGGCGAUUUGGAUUACAAGAAAAACAAUUCGGAUGGAAGUAAAAUUAAAGAUAUAAAGAGCGAUAUAGAGAAACAAUCGAAAACGCCCAAACACACAUCUAACUUCGCUUCCUACAUUCAGAUCUCGCAGCCUGUCUCCUCUGGGACGACGCCGAAAAAACAGAUAGACUUAAAUCACACGGUUAAUGAAGAAUCACCUAAGAACGAUGUGAAAGCAGAGCCAAGGAAACGAGCUAGUCUAAAGUACAUAGACUCUGAAGACGACAGGAUACUCCUCGACAAUGACAUUGAAUCGCCCAGCGGUACCGGCUUCGAAAACAAGACGUUUGAACAUGAGAAUUAUUUGAAGAAGAGAACGGAAAAGAGUGAAGAAGGAAAAGAGAAUUUGGAGGAGAUUAAGUCAAUGGAGACCAGUACGGAGAGUACUCUUAGUGAACCGACUGAUGAUACUAACAUGAGCCCUGAUACUCCGUCUUCUAGGAGAAGAGUGUUGGACUCGAAAGACUACGACGAUAUCAAAGCGGAGUUGGCCGGUGGUAAGAGUGGGCCCAGCGGGCUGCGCAGGAGCAGCGAGAGAUCCGAGUCUGUGUCUGAGGGACGUACGGACAAACACAGUCAUACUAGUGGUCUGAACGGUCUCCGCAACAUCGGCAACACUUGCUUCAUGAACAGCGUGCUGCAGUGCCUGUCCAAUACGCGGCCGCUGCUGGAGUACCUCGCCGACGACAAGUACUGCGACGACAUCAACACCACGCUGUCUUGUAUGAAGGGGGCGCUCAUUAAAGCAUUCGGGAUAGUGAUCAAAGAGCUGUGGCGCAGCGGCGAGAAGGACGCCGUGGUGAACACGACGGCGCUCAAGUCGCAGGUGCAGCGGUUCGCGCCGCGGUUCAUGGGGUACAGCCAGCAGGACGCUCAGGAGUUCCUCCGCUACCUGCUCGAGGGUCUACACGAGGACGUGAACCGAGUGACCGUCAAACCGAAACCCAUACUCACUGAGAUCGACGACAACCUCAGCGACACGGCGAAGGCGGCGGAGGCGUGGAGCCGCUACCUGCGCAUGGAGGACUCGCGCGUGGGCGACAUCUUCGUGGGCCAGCUCAAGUCCACGCUGCGCUGCACGCACUGCCACCACGACAGCGUCACCUUCGACCCCUUCUGGGACCUCAGUCUGCCGAUCCCGUCCCGCACGGGCAACCUGAAGCUGCAGCAGUGUCUGUCGCACUUCACGCGCGAGGAGGAACUCGACGGAGACGAGAAACCGACGUGUUCGAAGUGCGGAGUGCGCAGAAAGUGCCUGAAGUGGUUCACGGUGCAGAAGUUCCCGCAAGUACUCGUGUUGCAUCUCAAGAGGUUCUCCCCGACGGAGCGUUUCCGCGGCAAGCUGAACGUGUUGGUGGAGUUCCCGCUGAGCAACCUCGACAUGUCGCCGUACGCCGCCACGCGCGGGCCCGCGCCCGUCUACAACCUGUACGCGGUCAGCAACCACUCGGGCACGACGUACUCGGGGCACUACACGGCGUACUGCAAGCACCCCUACACCGGCGACUGGCACGAGUACAACGACUCACGGGUCUCCCCAAUAAACAGUCGCAACGUGGUGUCCUCAGAAGCGUACGUCCUGUUCUACGAGCUGGCGCGACACACGUAGCACCCCUUACCCCCUACACCCCCCUGACACCCCCUACCCCCUACCCCCUCACUCAGACACCGCCAGCAUUACCCGCCGGCCGGUAUGACUCUAAAACAUUGAAUUUUUUGGACUAGGAACUUGAUGAAGCGAUUUUAAGACCAUGAGGCGUCCAUUGCUAAACAUAGGAUUCUCAUAUUACCAAAACCUCUCUUAAAAUUUAAGGGACCCCUAAGCGAAGAUAGUUGAUGACAUUUUGGUAUUCACCAACAUUUAAGUGACACCUA